GAUGCCUCGUUGAAUAUCUUGUGUGAUCCUGGGUGGGAUUGCAAGACUGAUUUGACGUACUUGGAAGACAUUUUACCAUCCAUAAACGUAAUCUUGCUAAGUCAUCCUACUUUUCAAUGUAUUGGGGCCUAUGCGAUAUUGUAUAAGAAUAAUUCUCUGCUUUCAAGGAUUCCUGUUUAUUCUACUUUUCCUAUUUCCACCAUUGGCAGAGUUGAGACCAUUGAGAGGUACAGAUCUGCCGGGCUUGUUGGUCCAAUUUUUGGUGCACCAUUGGAGAUUAAUGAUAUUGAGACAUCCUUUGAUUCAAUUUUGCUUUUAAAGCAUCACCAGUCGAUUAAUUUGAAUAUCAACAAUUUCACCAUAGUAUUAACGCCUUUAAAUGCCGGCCAUACGCUUGGUGGGAUAAACUGGUUGUUAAAUUAUAGUGGGGAAAAAUAUAUAUAUGCCCCCGAAUGGAAUCAUUCAAGGGACAGUUAUUUGGAAGGAGCCAAUUUAAUCUCUCAAGAGAAUCUUUUCAAGCCCUCUGUUUUCAUAACCAGCACCAAUGUUGGGAGUUCGUUGUCAUAUAAAAAAAGAGUGAACAAAUUUUUAGAAUUAAUUGAUGCAACACUACAUAAUGGUGGAUCGGCAAUUCUACCUGUUUCAUUAGGCUCGAGAUUGUUAGAGUUGGUUCAUAUAGUGGAUGUUCAUUUAAGAUCAUUGCCAUUUAUACCAGUAUUGUUAAUAUCCAAGACUGGAACAAGAGCACUUACAUAUGCGGGAAAAAUGUUGGAAUGGAUGUCUCCAUCUGUUAUAAAAGAAUGGACCACUAAUAAUGGGAAUAACAGUGGCGGUAACAACGGUGGCAAUGGGAACAAUAAUAACAGCAACAGCAACAGUGGAAACAACAAAAACUCUGUGCCCUUUGAUGCAUCAAGAGUGGAACUAGCAGAUGCUGUUGAAUUACCUAAAUAUAUUGGACCAAAAGUUGUAUUUUGCGUCGGGCAAGAUAUUGAAGUUGGAUCCGAGAGUCAUUCUGCUUUUAUACAAUUAUGUAAUGAUCAUAGGACUACGAUAAUAUUGACGGAAAGACCACAAAGAAACACGUUAGGAUAUGAUUUAUAUAGUAAAUGGGAGUUAUUGUGUAAGCAGAAAAAUGAUGGGAAAGUUAUUGAUGGAAUACCUGUGCCAUAUGAGAGUUCCUUUAAAACGUUACAAGUUGUUGAAGAAAAAUUGAAUGGGAAUGAAUUGAAGAAUUAUUUUGAGAUUUUAAAUAGUAGAAGAAAAGCCGAGGUAGAGAUGAAGGAAAAAGAAGAGAUGGAAAGAAAGAGUAAGAGUAAAAGUAAGAGUAGGAGUAAAAUGAAGAGAAAGAGCGGUAGUAUUAGUAAAGAGGAUGGUGAUAAUACUAAUGGUGAUAAUGAUAUUGAUGAAGAUGAAGAUGAAGAUGAUGACGAUGACGAUAAUGAUAAGGAUGGCAUUGGAGAGGAUAAGAAAAGAGGGAAAAUCAAGAUUCGAUUGAAUGAGGAGAACGAUGAAUCGUCUAAGAAAAUGCUUGAAAAAGAGAGAAAUAAGAUGUUGAUUGAUCGAAAUGUAUUAAGAAUUGUAAGUAGUAGAAAAAAAGUGUUUCCAUUUGAGAUUGAAAAAAUGAAGUAUGAUGACUAUGGAGAGAUAUUUAAUUUGGACGAGAUUGUGAAAAAAGAUGCGAACAAUGGAAAUAGUGGAUUGAAUGGAAAUGCUAUUUUUAAGGGAGUAGUUAAUGAUAAGAGUGGUAAAAAUGGAAGAAACCAUGAUGAUGGUGGUAAUAAGAUGAAUGAGAAAAACAGUAAUAAUCAUAAUCAUAACCAUAAUUAUAAUUACAAUCAUAAUAAUGAUAAUGAGGGAGAUGAGAUGAUUGAAUUUGAUAGUGAAUUUGAACCUAAGAAGCAGAUCUUGAAUCGAGUUGGGAUAAUUGCUAGAUGUGGGCUAACAUUUAUUGAUUUAUCGGGGCAUGUUGAUUUAAGGUCGCUACGGGUUAUAUUACAAAAUAUUAAACCAAAGAAGAUAAUAUUAAUGAAAGAUUUAACAUAUGAGAGAAAUGACGAGCUAGUGAAGAACACAUUGAUUAGUAUUAACAAAAGUAGUCAAGUAAAGACAUUUGAAGUUAUUGAAAGCUUUGACAAUACGGAUAUUAGUAUUGACAAGAUCUUUAAUAAUUUUGAAGUUAAAUUGGACGAUGAGUUGAUCAAGAAAUUAAAGUGGCAAAAGAUCACUGGUGGGGUAUCUAUAGCACAUUUGUAUGGGCAAGUUUCUGAUAAGCCAGAAGACGAGAGUGCUAGUCGACAAUUGAGCAAGAAUAGAGAUAAAUCAGUGAAACGAAUUGAGUUGAAAAAUGUGAACUCGAGCUCGUUGCUAGAAUUGAGUAAUAUCAAGAACAACCCAUUAGCAAUUGGAGACAUCAAGUUGAGUGAGUUGAAGAAAAUACUCAUUGAAAAAUACGAAAGCUUGAACUAUAAGAUCGAGUUCAAAGGCGAAGGAGUGUUGGUGAUCAACGAGAACGUAAGCAUCAAGAAGUUUAGCGAAGGAGAUGUGGUUAUCGAUGGGAGACCCAACAAAUUGUACUAUGAGGUGCGAGAGAUUGUUUGUGGGCUACUCGCAUAUGUAUGA